AUGAAGGCCACUUUCUUCUCCGUUUUCGCCCUCGCCAUCUCGGCUAUCGCCUCUCCUGUUCCUGAGGUUCAGAAGGACACCCGCUCUGUUGAGCAGGUCAACGGUGCUAUUCACAGCGCUGAGAACAUCGUUUCCAAGGUCGGCGUUAAGCAGAUCGUCGAUGAGGCUACCAAGUCUCCUGCUAAGCGUGCUGCUAUCUCCAACCCUCAGGAGCUCAUCACUGUUCUCAAGAGCGGUGUUAGCAACAUCAACAAGAAGACCACUGGUCUGAGCUCUAUUGCUGAGAAGGUCAAGGCAGGUGAUCUUACCAAGGACGCCGGUGCUACCAAGGCCAUUCCUGGCUUCGAGUCCGUUCACUUCGAGCUUACUGAGAUCGUCACCAAGCUUACUGGUGCUGCUGGUCUCGAUGUUGCCGACUCUGAUGUCGACACUGUCCUUAACCUCGUUGUCGUCCUCGUCUCUGAGGUUCUCACUGCUGUCAAGACCAUCGUCACUGUUACCGGCCUCCGACCUCAGCUCAUCUCCAUCCUCCACUCUGUCUUCCAGAUCCUCACCAAGGUUCUAGUCCUCGUCAUUGGCCUCGUUUCCGCCAUUGUUCCUGGUCUGGUUGCCGGUCUUACUCCUCUCCUUGCUGGUCUCGGCAACGGUGUUCUGGCUCCUGUCCUCCUUCCCAUCACUGGCCUCCUUGCUAGCCUUGCUGUUUAAAUGGCUUCCUCCUGGGUUCAGCUACAUUAAGCACACUAUUAGCACAAACUUUUCGGAUAGGCCGAUAGCUACAUGAACUUAAUUCAUAAUUAUGAUAUUACGGGGGAGGCAUCUUGGGUUAAUGUCUAUGGCCAAUGGUCUUCUUUGUAUAUAAUUACUCUUACCAACAAAAGUUCGCGAU